UUCGGCUGCUAGUAGAACUAGUUCCAUUUAAUGUUUACUGUUUUAGUGAUAUUUUAGAUGCGAGUAUAAUUUAGAAAUAAGGUUUACAAUAGGUUAUAACGAGAGGAAAGUAGCAAUGUUUAAAAAUUAAUGAUAUUUAUGUAAAUAUCGCAAAGAAUAGCUUGUUCAAAUUCAAGCACGUUUUCUACAACAGUAUUGCAAAUUGGUCAGCAAUUCUAGGUAAUCAGAGCACGUUACAAGUGCAUGUUGAUAUUGUAGUCCAUACAGUGAUUAAGUUUGCAAUUUAAAAGAUGCAAGCAGGCGGUACUACAAUGAGAGCAUUGUUCUCAUCUCGUAUUUGGUUGAAGACUCCAUCAAUUCAAUGUACAGCCGGAGUGAAGUCUUUUACACCUCCAAAAUCAUUUACAGACAUUGAGUAUCCUGAACGGAAGAAGUUGAAAGUUAUGUUGAAAGUACCGCAGUAUCCACCAAGCAUUUCCCCUUUUACAAUGCAAAAGAAAUUAAAAUUAAUGCGUGGUCCUGAACUCUAUCAUAACACACUUUUGCAUAAGCAGUAUGGGAUAAUAGCUACAGCUGGAGGUAGAGUAAAAUACAACCAUAUGGAAGUAAUACGUUACACACUCCUCAGGACAGUCUUUGCACAGAACAAAGACGCAUUUGCGAUCUGGAGAAUUCCAGGUCCUUGGCAACCAAUUUCACAGAGGAGUCUGGGAUCACGGUUGGGAGGUGGCAAGGCUGAUAUAAAAUUCUAUGUAACACCUGUAAAGGCAGGACAAGUUCUUGUGGAAGUAGGAGGUCCAUUCGAAUACUUUGAGGUAAAAAAGGUCCUCGCCGAUAUCGCAAAUAAAAUGCCGUUUGCUGCCAGAGCGGUCAGUCAAGAAAUACUAGAUACAAUAGCGGCGAGAAAAAAGCAGAUCGAAGUGGAGAACCAAAAUCCUUUUACUUGGAAAUAUAUAAUACAAAACAAUAUGCUUGGCUGUCACAGGUGGAUAUCGAAGUACGACAGACGGUGGUUUAAUGAAUACAUGUAAAUAUUAAAAAUUCUUGUAAAUUAUAA